AUGGGCUCCAAGACAAAUGAGAAUGAGGGCCAAAAUGGCGGCAAUGAGUCGUCAGGCUCGGCCCAGCCCAACACCACUGGCGGAGAACCACGUGGUGCUCAUCUGGCCCGAGAUGGAGAUGGAAGUUUGGGUGAUGGAGACAGCGACGACGAUGAUGGCGACAAUCAGCCCGGGGCUGUUACCGAGUCGCUAACAUUGCAAAACACCCCGGCAGACGCUUCGAAGAAGAAGAAAAGAAAGAAGUCCAAGAAGAAGAAGACGACUCAAGUCAAGCAGUCGUCUCCUCCUCGAAUUCCGAUAAACAAGAUCUAUCAAAAUGAUCAGUAUCCUUCCGGAGAGAUGCAGGGCUAUGGGAUUGAGAAUACGGCUCGAACCACGGCUGAGGAAGCCCGAUAUGAAUCCCGCCGUCUCACUCAGGACAAAGCCUGGCUGACCAACUAUCGCCAAGCGGCCGAAGUUCAUCGCCAGGUUCGACGCUGGACACAAGACAACGUGCGACCUGGUUGCACUCUCUCGGAGAUUGCUGACGGUAUCGACGAUGGCGUGAGAGCGCUGCUCGAUAACCCCGGUCUUGAAACUGGAAGUUGCCUGGUUUCCGGAAUGGGAUUUCCAACGGGACUUGCGCUCAACAAUUGCGUUGCGCAUUAUACGCCCAAUCCAGGCCAAAAGGACAUUGUCCUCCAAGCAACUGAUGUGCUGAAAGUGGACUUUGGUGUCCACAUCAACGGUUGGAUCGUAGACAGUGCGUUCACCAUGUCAUUCGAUCCAACGUAUGACAACUUACUUGCGGCAGUCAAGGAUGCAACCAACACUGGUAUCAGGAAUGCCGGUGCCGAUGUCCGAAUCAGCGACGUUAGCGCUGCUAUCCAGGAGACCAUGGAAAGCUACGAAGUGGAGAUCAGAGGCAAGAUAUACCCAGUGAAGCCGGUAAGAGAUCUGAGCGGCCACAAUAUCAGGCAAUAUCAGAUCCACGGUGGAAAGUCAAUUCCCUUUGUGAAGACCAAGGAUCAGACUAAGAUGGAAGAGGGGGAGGUCUUUGCAAUCGAGACGUUCGGGUCUACGGGCCUCGGAAAAACCAGGGACGGACCUGGUGUCUAUGGUUAUGGCAAAGACCUGCAUGCCCCAAAGAGGAUUAUCUCUCCUCUUGCCUCGGCGAAAUCUCUGUAUAAGACGAUCAACGACAACUUUGGUACAAUUGUCUUUUGUCGCCGAUAUCUCGAACGCCUUGGUGUCGAUCGUUACCUGGCCGGCAUGAACAGUCUUGUCUCCCAGGGAAUCGUCGAGUCUUAUCCACCUCUCAUGGACAUUGAGGGGUCGUACUCCGCUCAAUUUGAACACACCAUCUUGCUAGGUGAAUCCGGCAAAGAAGUCAUCAGUCGUGGAGAUGACUACUAA